GGGAAAGACAUCUAUAUUCUCCAAUGAGAUUAAAGGUUUUAUUCUGAGCUCGUGGAGCGAACUGUUCUAUUUUUCUUCCAGAAUAUAAAGUUGAAUAGCAGCUUGACCUGCUUCCAAUAAGAUGAACACGUACCAGGUCCCGAACCCUGGCCUGCCGGGAUGCCCACCCGGACUAGAGUAUCUAACACAGGUUGAUCAGCUACUCAUCAAACAGAAAGUCGAGUUUAUUGAAGCCCUGGCUGGCUUUGAGAGCAACAACAAGUAUGAGGUGCGUAAUGCCAUGGGUCAGAACGUGUUCUAUGCUGUGGAGGAGAAUGACUGUCUUAGCAGGCAGUGCUGCGGACCCUUACGAUCCUUCACAAUAAAAGUCCUUGACAACUUUGGACAGGAGGUCAUCACAGUCAUCAGACCUCUCAAGUGCAUGUCCUGUUUCUUCCCCUGCUGUCUGCAAGAGCUGGAGGUGCAGGCCCCCCCAGGGAACACGGUAGGCUACGUGGUCCAGCAGUGGCACCCCUUCUCCCCCAAGUUCAUCAUAGAGAAUGAACACAGAGAGGCUGUGCUGAGGCUGCACGGACCCUUCUGUGGCUGGAGUUGCUUGCCUGACGUUGACUUUGAGAUCGUGACCAUGGAUGAAGUGGAUAAGAUAGGGAAGAUCAGUAAACAGUGGACCGGUCUACUCCGUGAGGCGUUCACGGACGCUGAUAACUUUGGGAUCCAGUUCCCCAUGGAUCUUGACGUAAAGAUGAAGGCUGUGAUGAUAGGAGCUUGUUUCCUCGUCGAUUUCAUGUUCUUUGAGAGCGGUAACCAACCCUAGCAGCUGAGGAGUAGUCUACAUCUCAGACAGUCUGCACUCCUGGAGCUAUAACUUCCUGCUGGUCAUGGACAAGGUCUCAGAUAGACAUGGUGCUAUGUGUGGGAUUCAUCUGGUUGGCAUGGUAAGAACCAUAGAAAUAGAUCUACCAAGGGAUUACAGGUGAAUGUAAUAUAAUGGCCGCUGGUACUAGAUGUAGCUUCUGGGGUUGGUACACAUUGCAGCUAAAUCAGUCAAACCAGGUGUGUGUGUAUCAGUGUCCAUUGUUAUAUAUUUAGAGAUUGUAUAUAAAGGGGUGUUCAUAUGUGUGUUUUUACAGUGUGUACAUUGUGGUUGCGUUGCCCACAACCCCUCAAUCUGAUAAAAAGGGUUGUGUGGUACCACUUCACCCAUUUACCACAUGUGAAAAUAAAAUGAACACCAUCUUUAUCUCAACCACUAUGCUGAAGGGAAUGUGGAAAGGGAAGGAGAGCAGAGAUGAAGAAAUGCUAUGUAGCAUAAAGAAGAAAUCUACAAAAACAUGUUAUAUUUUUGGGUAAAUCGGAAGACCUUAAUAUGUUCUUGUGUCAACAGUAUACAGUGCCUUGCGAAAGUAUUCGGCCCCCUUGAACUUUGCGACCUUUUGCCACAUUUCAGGCUUCAAACAUAAAGAUAUAAAACUGUAUUUUUUUGUGAAGAAUCAACAACAAGUGGGACACAAUCAUGAAGUGGAACGACAUUUAUUGGAUAUUUUAAACUUUUUUAACAAAUCAAAAACUGAAAAAUUGGGCAUGCAAAAUUAUUCAGCCCCUUUACUUUCAGUGCAGCAAACUCUCUCCAGAAGUUCAGUGAGGAUCUCUGAAUGAUCCAAUGUUGACCUAAAUGACUAAUGAUGAUAAAUACAAUCCACCUGUGUGUAAUCAAGUCUCCGUACAAAUGCACCUGCACUGUGAUAGUCUCAGAGGUCCGUUAAAAGCGCAGAGAGCAUCAUGAAGAACAAGGAACACACCAGGCAGGUCCGAGACACUGUUGUGAAGAAGUUUAAAGCCGGAUUUGGAUACAAAAAGAUUUCCCAAGCUUUAAACAUCCCAAGGAGCACUGUGCAAGCGAUAAUAUUGACAUGGAAGGAGUAUCAGACCACUGCAAAUCUACCAAGACCUGGCCGUCCCUCUAAACUUUCAGCUCA